GAGCAGAGAGAGAGAGAGAAGCAGGUAGAGAAGGCGGCGAUGGCAGGGGAUUGGGAGAAGCAGUUGUGGGCUCUGAGAAUGGGUGACAGAGAGCGCUCGCGAGUACUUCUCAUCCACCGAGGCUGAUCUUCAGUGUGUGAGGGAGAGGGAAGGUGUAGGACUGAGGCAAGCUGAGCUCGGCAGCACUGGGCUCCCAAGGCGAGCCCCAGCAGGAGAGUAACGCGCAGCCAGUUUGGCAGGAGGCGGAUUUUAUUCGCUACAGCGCAGGGAUGGGGACCCGGUGCUGGUGAAGAGCCGCUAGAAGUUUAUCGGCGAUACGCAGAAUCCGCGGGCAGGACGGGGUUCGAGAGGAAAUGGGGCUAACACGUCGACUAGACUGAGCACAGCAAGAGCCCAAGCCAGCGAGUGCCGGCGCAGAGGGACAGGAUUGGCCGCUGACUGACUCGGGAUUACAAACACAAGAUGCAGCCAAGAGGAAGGGCAGAGGCGGCUUCAAGAAUCUGAUCAACACGGGGUACCGUGACAGAUAUAAAGGUUAGAGCGGAUCGUGGAAGAAAGGCGAAGUAAGGGGAGAGCGGGCGGGAUCUCAGAGGAAAGGUUGGAAAAGCAAGAGGGCACGUACUGUGGGUGAAGAGUGCGCAUCUGAGGACACCGAGCGCUUCUAAGCCUGGUCCAAGUGAGAUGUGAUUGCUCCGGGUGCGUGGAUAAGGGAGGGAGUCACCUGCAGAGUGCGAGCUGGAGCAAAACGGUGGGCUGAUGAGGUGACCCGACCUCCCUCUGGUCUGUAGUUCCCACCCGUUCCAUCUCGACCCUGAUCUUCUGUCCGUCCCGGGUGGAAUUCCGCCGGGACUGCCCGGCGCUGGGAUCUGCCGAAAGCUGUCGCUGAGCGGUCCACUCACUCGUCUUUGCGAAAAUGGAUCCUCCGACGUGCUCGCUGAACACUCUGAAACCCCCUCAGCACUUGUGGAGACAGCCCCGGACCCCAAUCAAAAUCAAACACCGCGGCUACUCGGACACCGACCGGCAUGUGCACCGACAGAUGGAGCGUUCCAACGCCGUGGAUACGAGCGACAGGCCCGGCCUGAAUAAAUCUCGCAUGUCGUGGCCUUCUUCCUUCCAAGGAACCCCCCGGCGUUUUGAUGUUGAGAAUGGCCCGUCUCCAGCUCGGAGUCCAAUGGAUGCACAAGCAAGUCCAGGACUGGUUCUUCACCCAACUUUCCCCCAGAGCCAGCGCCGGGAGUCAUUCCUGUACCGGUCGGAUAGUGACUAUGACAUAUCGCCAAAAACAAUGUCACGAAAUUCCUCCGUAACCAGUGAUGUUCAUACCGAGGACCUUAUCGUCACGCCUUUUGCUCAGAUUUUGGCGAGUUUGCGCAGUGUGAGGAACAAUUUCACUGUCCUGGCCAACACUCAAGGGCCUCCAAACAAGAGAUCACCGAUAGCACCUCAGCCAGCACUCUGCACCCUGUCAGAUGAAACAUACCAGCAGCUGGCAAAGGAAACGCUGGAGGAACUGGACUGGUGCCUGGACCAGUUGGAAACCAUCCAGACCUACCGGUCUGUCAGCGAAAUGGCCUCGAACAAGUUUAAGAGGAUGUUGAACCGGGAGCUGACGCACCUCUCGGAGAUGAGUCGGUCUGGCAACCAGGUGUCCGAGUACAUUGCCAGCACCUUCCUUGACAAGCAGAAUGAGGUGGAGAUCCCGCCACCCACGCCGAAGGAGCGGGAGAAGAAAUCAAAGCAGCCCAUGUGUCAGAUCAGCGGAGUGAAGAAACUGACCCACGGCUCGAACCUCAGCGUCACCAACUCCUCGAUCCCUAGGUUCGGAGUGAAGACCCAGCAAGAAGAUGCACUGACCAAGGAACUCGAUGACUUGAAUAAAUGGGGCCUUAACAUUUUCCGGGUAUCUGAGUUCUCAAACAACAGGCCACUCAGCUGCAUAAUGUAUGCCAUCUUCCAGGAGAGAGAUCUGUUAAAGACCUUCCGGAUCCCGGUUGACACGUUCCUCACUUACAUCAUGACGCUGGAGGACCAUUACCACGCAGACGUCGCCUACCACAACAGCCUGCACGCGGCUGACGUGAUGCAGUCCACUCACGUGCUGCUCUCCACGCCAGCCCUCGACGCUGUCUUCACCGACCUAGAAACCCUGGCUGCACUCUUCGCUGCAGCCAUUCACGAUGUGGAUCAUCCGGGAGUUUCCAAUCAGUUCCUCAUCAACACCAACUCCGAGCUGGCUCUGAUGUACAACGAUGAGUCCGUGCUGGAGAACCACCACCUGGCUGUGGGCUUCAAACUCCUCCAGGAGGAAAACUGCGACAUCUUCCAGAACCUUCCCAAACGGCAGAGGCAGAGUCUCCGCAAAAUGGUCAUCGACAUGGUCCUGGCGACGGACAUGUCCAAACACAUGACUCUCCUCGCAGACCUGAAGACCAUGGUGGAGACAAAGAAGGUCACCAGCUCGGGGGUGCUGCUGCUUGAUAACUACACGGACAGGAUCCAGGUGAUGAGGAACAUGGUGCACUGUGCUGAUCUCAGUAACCCCACCAAACCUCUGGAGCUGUACCGGCAGUGGACUGACCGAAUCCUGGAGGAAUUCUUCCGCCAGGGUGACAGGGAGCGGGAGCGCGGGAUGGAGAUCAGCCCGAUGUGCGAUAAACACACUGCGUCAGUGGAGAAGUCCCAGGUGGGCUUCAUCGAUUACAUUGUGCACCCGCUGUGGGAGACGUGGGCUGACCUGGUCCACCCCGAUGCCCAGGACAUCCUGGAUACGCUGGAAGACAACCGAUAUUGGUACCAGGGUAUGAUCCCCCAGAGCCCCUCACCUCCACUGGAUGAUCCCAGCCAGGGAGAAGAGGUCUGCAUGGACAAGUUCCAGUUCGAGCUGACUCUGGAGGAGGAGGACGAUUCCGAGCCGUCGGACAAGGAGAGAAGCAGCACGGGGGAAGAGGACGCCAACUGUAUUAAUUCGGAAGUGUCUGUGGCUGACGCCCCAGGGACACAGGAGGAGAGGGAGUUAGGUCCCAAGUGCACGGACUCUUCCCCUGCGGAAUCGUAGACCAGGAAGCUGGUGGGACGGACCAUGCGGAUGAAGUUUGUCUUUUUCUGGAGACGUGCGAGUCAACUGUAGAUUGGAAUCCAGGCCCACGGGCCGGGUUCUGCCAUCAGUGUGCCCCCAACACUCAGGAAACUCCGAGCGGGAACAGGCCAGAGAUGGAAGCCAUUCUUUGCCCGCCUUGGACCUCAGCACGGGUAAUGGGGCGAGAGAAGGGGGCUUCAGAACAGCAUUUAUGUUCCACACUCUCGCCCCUCAACCCCUCCCCACCCCACGACCACCUCCCCACAAACCAACAUACUGAAAGAGAAGGUGGAGGGGGUGGAGUUUUACUGGGAGUCACUUUCUCUCCAAUACCAGGAUUCUGAAGAGGGUGCCCGAUCUGGGGAGUGCCUUUCCUAGAUUUACCUACAAGCUUUGUCUUCGUAGUUAAGUCAAGCAAUGAGUUAUUUUAUUUUUAAUGUUAUAUUUUAUGUAGUCUUACUUCUAAUUUAUUCUGCAGAGUUAGAUCAAUGGGUCGUAGCCAGGGGCUUUGAGUGGACCCAGUUUAACACUAAACUCUGCUCCUCAGUUUGUGAAGUCUUCCUUCAAUCUUCGUUUGCACAAUACCGCAAUAUCUUUGGGACUUUUAAUAAUUUAUGUUUUGAGGUUCUGGGAUGUGUUUGUCUGGCAUAGGAAGGGAAGUGCCUCCCACCCCUUUUCUGUGUCCCAGGAACUCGCUGCAUUUUCACGUCCAGGACAGGCUGGAAAUCAGGUUUGGUCCAGGGUCCAGUUGUUCCACCGGGACAGUCGCUGGGCCCUUUCACCCUUCCUGUGGGGUGAGAGCUCUCACUGAGGUCGGUUCCAGCACCUGGUCCUCACCCUCACUGCUGCAAACUUUCUAACCAAUGGGUAUGUCAGCCAAAUGCACAGGUGACUUUAUCCCUUGUGUGUGCACAUAUCUGAACACACAUGCAUGGACAUAAUCACAUGUACACACAGGGACACAUGCAGCGACACGCAUGCACACAGAUACACAUGCAAAUGCAUACGUGCAUAGGCACGUGUUUGCAUUAACACAAGACACAAAUGCGUUCCACACAGACUGAAAUACCUAUGCAUCUGUACAGGCCUGAAGUCUAACAUAGAAACAGACGUGAACUCAUAUGUGGGCGCAUGGGAAGUCACGUGUGUCUGCUUGUGUAUGACAGAAUUGCCAGUGUUUGUUCCCAUUGCUGGGAUCAAGGUGAGCUCUGGACUCCCCUUCAGCUCCUAUUUCGUCCAGUCAUUAAAUUCCAGACAUGAAAUUGCUGCUUUCCUGGUUUGCUACUUCAAAAGGUCAGGAUCAAUCAGAUUUUUUUUUGCCUUAAUCUUGGUUUGCGUCGCCUGCAGCUGGCCUCAGCCAUGCAGGAGGUGAGACUACGGCUGGUGCCGUGGUGAUUACUGGCUGUGCUGCUGGAGCCUGCCCAGAUUGACGGGAACUCUGGCACUUUGUGGCCCACUGAGUGUAGACUGGGAGGUGGACUCCAUUGGUGCUGAGUCAAGGACCUUUGCCCUCUGGGAACAGGGUGUGAGGAGGAAGUCGAUGGAAGGGUAAGCUAUUCCAGUGUGGCCAUGUUCUCAGGCACCUCGCUGUCCCUGCAGGUUCCUGGCACUGCUCCAAAGACCAUCAUUCCCGUGGGCUGGGAUCCCUGCAGUCACCAUUUCUCCCAGGGCCAUUUAUGCAGGGUAGUGUGGGAGUGGGAGUCAGGUUUGAGUGAGGUCAGCCUGCCUACAAAGAGUGUUUAACCUCUGCAGGGUCCUGAAAACUAGUGCAGUGUUCAGACUUGGCCACAGCAUCUUGACAAGCUCCAUAGCCAGUAUGCCUUCCAGUGGCAAUUAUUACAGAACCUCCCAAGAAAAUGGGAUUGAGAAUCCAGGGAACAGUCAGAGGAGGGUUAAUUCACCAGAGAAAGAAAUGGAGUUAGCCUUUCAGGUCAAAUUCUGUACAGCCCGAGGAAGAGUCUUUGACCUGCAACUUUAACUAUUUUUCUCUUUCCCAGCAGGUUCUGCUUUUAAUUCCGAUUUUUAGUUUCUACAGGGUUUUUUUUUUAAACUAUUUAUCAUGGGGUGCUCACUCCCUUGCAAGAGGAGCUGGGAAGGAAUCCCAAUUCCAGUGGAGGGGGUUGUUUCCCUAGGAUGGGAAAGGGAUGGAGGGACACACCCUGGGAGGGUAGAAGAGUGUCAGGGAUGGAGUCACAUUCCACAGGGCAUAUAGAGGUCCCUUUGGAUCGGAGUCCACCUUGAGUCUGCAUGCUCUCCAGGGAAGUUGGGCUUGUCACCCACCUGAUCUCCAUCGUUCCUUUCGAUUCUGGUGCUGGAUCCUUGCUCCUGAUCUUGGAAGAGCCUCUCUCUAGGAACACAGAGACCUUAGCUGGCGAGGUUUGGCCACUGGCGAUGGUCCCACAGCAGCAGCUCAGGACGAGCUUGUACAGUUUUUUGAGUUCAUUAUUCAUAGUUUUAUUCUGUUUAAUUCUGAUUGAUAUUUGUACAUAAUGUAAUGUUUGUAAAUGGUUCAUUCCAAAACUGUUGCUAUGAGAGGACCAAGAGGUGAUCGUGGUGAGGUCAGAAGUUGUAAGUCCAGAUAACGUGCCCCAGCAAACGCAAACUGUUACCCUGGGGAGGAAGAAUGCCAACAAACAGGGCUGGCAAAUGUGCAGCAAAUGCACACACUCACACUCAUUCAUUCUCUCUCUCUCUCUCUCUCUCUCUCACACACACACACACUCCCUCUCUCUCUAACACGCUACCUCUCACUCUCUCUCUCAUGCAGACACACACUUCCUCUCUCUCCCCCCUCUCACACACUUCCUCUCUCUCUCUAACUCACUACCUCUCACUCUCUCUCAUACAGACACACACACUUCCUCUCUCCCCCUCUCUUACUCCCCCCCACACACUUUCUCUCUGUCAUGCACGUGCACACACACAGACACAGACUCAGACACGUGCACACGCUGCACACUUCGCAGUCUGUCCUGUUCCAGAUCCAGGAUGCUGGCUACUGGCUCAGGAAGUACAGUUAAGGAUAUGGCACUUUCAACGCCCAGCUCUCCACAUUCAGCCUCGGGAUCUGGUGUAAAUUGUAGUAUCAAAUCUCACAAAUAUGUUGAAAAGGUAUUAAAAAUCAGUUGAAAUUACUGAUUGUAAUCUUUGUACAUUUGUAAUGCUCAUGUGUAAACUGUUUCUAAACUCAUGGCCCAGAUUCACGUUCUAGCUAUGCCACACUGUUUGUUGUACGAAACAGUACCUCUCUAUCCCUGUUUGUCCAUCAGUGUACAGUGUGUUCACAAAUUUACCAUCAAUAUAUGGGACUUAAAUAUGACAAACAUCAAAAAUCAAUAAACAAAUAAAAAAGCACGGA